AUGAACGAGACGCUCUAUAAGCAGCUGUAUGCCCUGACAGCUGCUCUAUUGGGAGAUGCGUUGGCUGCGCGAAGGGGAAACAAUAUAACUACUACCUCGCUGCCUCCAAAACCUUCCUACAAUCCGUUCUACGACGAGACACAUUCCCAGAUGGGCCUCCGCACGAUGGAUGGAAAGACGUGCAUGAGUCUUCCUGCGAACGUUCUCAUCAUGAAUCCAAAUAUUGGCACCAAUGACACGAUCCCGUAUGAUUUUUCUGAAGCCAUGCUGGCAGGCGAUUGUUCGGAAGGGCUUCGUGGAAAUGUCUUCCUCGUCGCCACCAUCCGUCAUAACAACAGAACAAAAACGCUACGCUUCUCCUUCCAUGUGAAAAACGUAUGGGUGAAGCAGUACGAGGAACUCCGCUGGCAGCUCUCGUCUGUGGAAUAUGGAGAAAGCUAUGGGAAGGAAAAGAUUUCCUUCCAAGGCACCUCAUCGAAUAUUGCCGCACCCCUCAAUCAACGAUUUGUUUGUCGGGAUAAGCUAAACGUGACGCUAUCGAGCAAGGGAUAUAUGGAUGUCGUCCUCAUCUUUCCACCCGAUUUCCAGGCCGAGCCGUAUGGGCCAAAGAGCAACUUAUUCAUCUGCGAGCGUACCCGCCGUCGCAGCCUUCGCGAAAGUCUCGAGACGAAAACCACCGUCUUCUCAGGUGUCAUUCUGGCCCUGUCCUCGAUCGCGAUGAUCGCUACUCAUUCGGUUCGUCGCCACAUGAUGCCAGAACGAAAGGAGCAGUAUUUGACGAUUGCAGAG